AAAUUCAUUCUUGAUAGGAAACGGUAACUACAAUGUCGGACCAAUGUGUCAUAAAAAUCACGACUCUAAUGGAUUAAAUCCAAGUUGGAUUAAAGGAUAAACUUUUAUCAUCUUCGAAUCCAACUUCAACUCUAACACAAACCCCAAUGGUAUUAUAUACACGCUAAACUAACUUUUAUCUACUAAUUACAUACAUCGCUAUCAUUGUAUCGUUUUGUCUCUACUGAACAGAGUUCGUCAAAUCAAUUUAUCGUUACGCAAUUCCAUCAAUCGAUAAUGUCUAACGGAAAACCACCAGUUUGCGUGACCGGAGCCAACGGAUUCAUCGGUUCAUGGGUGGUUCAAACCCUCUUAGACCGUGGCUACACCACCAUCCACGCCGCUAUCUUCCCUGGUUCCGACCCAUCUCAUCUCUACUCUCUCACCGGCGCGUCUAACUCAGACGUCCGAAUAUUAGUCCACGAAGUCGACAUCCUUGACUUCGAUGCUGUAUCCAGAGCUAUUGAACGGUGUGGUGGUGGGGGUGUUUUCCACGUGGCGUCUCCGUGUACGCUUGAGGAUCCUGUGGACCCACAGAAGGAGCUGGUGGACCCGGCUGUUAAGGGUACGAUUAAUGUUCUUACGGCGGCGAAGAAGUUUAAUGUGAGGCGCGUGGUGCUCACUUCAUCGAUCUCUGCGAUGGUGCCGAAUCCUGGGUGGCCGGAAAAUAAGGUCUUUGAUGAGUCAUCGUGGACUGAUCUUGAGUACUGCACGUCUCGACAGAAAUGGUAUCCAGUCUCAAAGACACUUGCUGAGAAGGCUGCAUGGGAAUUUGCUGAGAAGAAUGGAUUGGAUGUGGUAGCAAUUAAUCCGGCUACAUGUCUUGGCCAACUUCUGCAACCUGGACUGAAUGCAAGCUGUGCUGUUUUGCAACAGCUGCUUCAGGGAUCAACAGAUACGCAGGAGUAUCAUUGGCUAGGGGCUGUGCACGUCAAAGAUGUGGCAAAGGCACAACUUUUGUUAUUUGAGAGCCCUCGUGCUUCUGGAAGAUACCUGUGUACCAAUGGCAUUUACCAGUUUGCUGAUUUUGCUGACAGAGUCUCAAAACUUUCCCCUGAAUUCCCUGUCCACAGGUUCACAGAGGAGACCCAGCCAGGCUUGGUGGCUUGCAAAGAUGCUGCUAAAAAAUUGAUUGAUUUGGGACUAGUUUUUACCCCAGUUGAAGAUGCUGUUCGGGACACAGUAGAUAGCCUUAAAGCCAAAGGCUUCCUCAAGCAACAGCAGAAUUAAUUAUCUUGAUCCCACUUGCUUUUAGAAAUUCACAUGAUUCUCUUUUUGCUUAGAUGGAUUCAUAAUAACCAUUAAAUGAAUGAUUUAUAUCUGUCUUUUGGCUAAUUUAGUUGAGUUGUUUAUUUCAUUUAUGGGAAACCCUGUGAUGAUAAUUAUUAUACCUGCUAUCGUGGUGCUUUACUUUUCCAAUGUGAUUAAAUGGAUCAUGA